AUGUCUGAAUUAUUGACAGUUGGCAACCCAGUGUUCGUCAAGGACAGAGCAGAAUUUGCGCACGUAGAGCGCUACCAACUUCAAACUCAGCAAUGCGUACAACUUCAGCAGCCCCGAACUCAGCACUCAGAAUCGCAGGAAUAUUGGGUGUUUGGCUACGGUUCACUCAUCUGGAAGCCGCCUAUUGCUUGGGAGAAGAGAGUCCCAGGAUAUAUAAAGGGAUACGUGAGACGGUUCUGGCAGGCAAGCACACUGUUCAACAUACGAGUUCAGACACUUUAUUCUUAUUCCGAUCAAACUAUUAACACUACAAUCUCUAUCUUUGACUAUUUUCCGACCGUUCGUUUCCAUCAACAGCAUAGCGUUGAUCACCGCGGCACGAGAGAGAACCCUGGUCGUGUAGUCACAUUAGUAUCACAUUCUGAAUGGAAGCUUCUUAACGAUUACCACGAACAUAGUGAGGACGAUGUUACCUGGGGUGUCGCCUACAAGAUCCCUUCGCAUUGUGCAAAAGAGGUGAAGGAUUAUUUGGAUCGUCGAGAAAGCGGUUACACAAUAAAACUGCUCGACGUUUAUCAAAAGGGUAAAACACAGCCAGUAAUAAAACAAGCCGUCUGUUACAUCGCAACAACCCGAAAUAGUGAUUAUUGUGGUCCCGCACCGAUCGAAAAAAUAACACAUCAGAUUUUCCACUCUCGAGGGGCGAGUGGACCAAACAUAGAAUAUGCUCUCAACCUUGCAAAAUCUUUGAAAACCAUCGCUCCCGACGCAUUCGAUCACCAUCUAUAUGAUUUGGAGAGACAAUUAUUGGAGCUCGGAGCUUCACAUUCGAAGAGUAGUAGUAACCAGUUGUUGACUUACUUUAAAAAUAGUUCACAUCCGUCUCUCGCUCACAGAGGAGACGCAGGAUAUAGCAAAAAGACAUUUUUACUAAUAGUAACCAUGGCGAGACGAUAUGACGCACGGACAACUAUAUUUUCGCCGGAAGGUCGAUUGUAUCAGGUCGAGUAUGCAAUGGAAGCAAUAUCCCAUGCAGGAACCGCUCUCGGUAUCCUCGCCACAGAUGGCAUUGUCAUUGCAGCCGAAAAGAAAGUGACUUCGAAAUUGCUCGAGCAGUCUGUCACUUCUGAGAAAAUCUAUCUGUUAAACAGUAAUGUCAUAUGUGGUGUAGCAGGGAUUACAAGCGACGCAAAUAUACUGAUCAACGUUGCAAGAAAAUAUGCUCAACAGUAUUUAUACAGUUUUGAUGAUGAUAUUCCAGUUGAGCAACUCGUUCAGCGGUUAUGUGAUUUGAAGCAAGGAUACACUCAAUAUGGAGGUCUCCGUCCAUUCGGUGUUUCAUUCAUUUAUGCGGGAUACGAUAAUUAUUUCGGCUUUCAACUCUACCGUUCCGAUCCGUCUGGUAAUUAUGGCGGAUGGAAAGCAGCGUGUAUUGGAGCCAACAACGCAGGCGCACAAUCUUUGCUCAAGCAAGAUUAUAAGGAUGAUAUCACUCUGAAGGAAGCAAAAGAAUUGGCGGCUAAAGUGUUAAGCAAAACCAUGGAUUCAACAACGCUAAAUAGCGAGAAACUCGAGUUUGCUACGAUUCAAUUGAACGAUGAGGGAAAAGUCGUUUAUAAUCUCUACAAACCGGACGAAAUCGAUGCGUUAUUGAAAGAGCUUAAUUUGGGUGGAAAUAGCACUGAAGAAGAAGCGAGCUGA